GCGGUUUUGGGGUCGGCGGCUGGGUGGAGGGUGACGAGCGGCCAUGUUUGUGCCGGAGUCGGUGUGGGAUCGGGAAGGGAACGGAGGAGGCGGCGACGACGACAGCAACCGCAGCUCCGGGGGCGCGGGCAGCGCGUGAGGCGAGAGCCGGGAGUGGGGGCGUGGAGCCGCGUCUGUGGGCGGCGCUGGGAUCAGCCGCCAGUGCGUGUCUGUCAGCCCGUCCGUGUGUGUGUGUGUGUCUGUGCGGCACCAUGGCCCAGUGAGCGGGGCCCGGCCCCGGGCCUGUCACAGCACCGCCCUCCACACACACACACACACACACACAGCCCGGGCCGGGGCCGGGGCCGGGCUCGGCCUCCCUCACCAUGGCCUGGGUGCUGAAGAUGGACGACGCCAUCGAGUCCGGCCUCGUGCACGACUUCGACGCCAGUUUGUCCGGAAUCGGCCAAGAGCUGGGGGCCGGGGCCUACAGUAUGAGUGAUGUCUUAGCCCUACCCAUUUUCAAGCAAGAAGACUCGAGCCUUCCAUCAGAGAAUGAGACAAAACAUCCACCAUAUCAGUAUGUGCUCUGUACAGCCACAUCUCCUGCAGUGAAACUGCACGAUGAAACCCUCACAUACUUGAACCAAGGUCAAUCUUACGAAGUCCGAAUGUUGGAUAACCAAAAAAUGGAAGAUUUACCAGAGUUAAAUGAGAAGAUGGUUAAGAGUAUUGUGCGGGUUGUGUUCCAUGACCGAAGGCUACAGUACACAGAGCACCAGCAGCUGGAAGGGUGGAAGUGGAAUAGGCCUGGUGAUCGACUUCUUGAUUUGGAUAUUCCAAUGUCUGUUGGAAUUAUUGACCCCAAGACAAAUCCUGCACAGCUGAAUUCAAUUGAAUUCUUAUGGGAUCCGACAAAACGUUCAUCUGCUUUUAUUCAGGUACAUUGUAUUAGCACAGAGUUUACUCCCAGAAAGCAUGGGGGUGAAAAGGGGGUUCCAUUCAGGAUCCAGAUUGACACAUUUAAACCGAAUGAGGCUGGAGAAUACACAGAACAUCUUCACUCAGCCAGCUGCCAAAUCAAAGUUUUUAAGCCAAAAGGAGCAGAUAGAAAACAGAAAACUGAUAGAGAAAAAAUAGAGAAACGAACACCUCAAGAAAAAGAAAAGUAUCAACCUUCAUAUGAAACGACAAUCCUGACUGAGAUGAGGCUUGAGCCUAUUAUUGAAGAUGCACUUGAACAUGAUCAGAAAAAGUCCACCAAGCGGACUUUGCCAGCAGACUGCGGUGAUUCUCUGGCAAAGCGAGGCAGUUGUUCCCCGUGGCCAGAUAAUGCAUGUGUGAACAGCAGCCCUUCCACCACUCCUGUGUUUACUUCGGGACAGCAGAGUACUUACAGUGUACCUGACAGUAACUCCUCUUCACCAAAUCACCAUGGAGAAGGGACAACACAAUGUGAAGUUGAGCAAUUGUAUCCAACAGCUACAAUACCAGAGGCUCAACAGUGGUUGCUUAAGAAUAGAUUCUCAGCAUACUCGAGACUUUUUUCAAAUUUCUCAGGUUCUGAUUUACUAAAGUUGACAAGGGAUGAUUUGGUACAGAUCUGUGGCUCAGCUGAUGGGAUUAGACUGUUCAAUGCACUUAAAGCAAGGUCUAUUAGACCACGGUUAACCAUCUAUGUCUGCCAAGAAUCUCAACGUAUGAGAAGUGUUUUGCAUUUGGAGAGACCACAAGAUGAUGAAAAUGGAGAGAGCAACAACCGUGCAAUAUAUGUGUAUCACGCUAUCUACCUGGAAGAGCUGACAGCAGCAGAACUUACUAAAAAGAUCGCCAGCAUCUUUAGUAUAUCCCCAAAUCAGAUAAGCCAAGUUUACAGACAGGGACCUACAGGCAUUCAUGUCCUGGUCAGUGAUCAGAUGGUUCAAAAUCUCCAAGAUGAAAGUUGUUUUAUAAUCAGCACUGUGAAAGCUGAAAAUGGUGAAGGCCACCACGUGAUACUGAAGUAACCUGUCCAAUAUAACAAUGAAUCUAGACUAUGCUUUUGCGUAUUGAAGGUACGUUUAUUAUGUCAAGAAAAGGACAUUAAACAAAUCAUGUAAAUGUUAGAAUCUGACUUCACUGUACAAAAUGUUUCAUAUUGAAAACGCAGCUUGACUGUCGAAUUACCUUACUGUGGAGUUAAAACUUCUGGGAAUAUCACUGCCACCAAUCAGCACCCUCCCUGAAUAAUCUAAGGCUGCAGCAAGCUCUAUGGUAGGCCUGGAAGGCCCAGAAAUUAUGAUUCAAAGUGGUCUUCGUAACUCAUGAGAGGAGGAAAAAAUGGCCAGUAGAUCUAGUUUUGCACAAUAAUUGUCUCUUUGUGAAGCACUUAUGCUUCAUCGUGCCUGUCUUGAUUAUUGGUUGAGAUUGUUAAGGUGUGUUUGCCAUGUUAUUUUAUAUGUUUGCCUUUUACUUCAUGUGCCGCCAUGCGUUUUACUGCCUAUAUACCAGUUCUCAACGUGCCCGGUUGGGAGCAGUUUCUGCAAGGUCUCCAUAGAAGCCUGCUGCAUUCUAGGAAGAAAAAAAGCAAAGUUGUAUAAAUUCAGUUAUUUUGUGAAAUCAGCACAUUUGUUUAUUUUAAAUUUGCAGCUUGCACAUGUUUGAACUUUCUUUUCACUCUGUAAGGCCAGAGUAGUUUUUUUUAAAGCAACAGCCCUUAAUUGUGGAGUUUGUUCUCAUUUCUGCUUUUGAACAGCUUUUAUUUUAAAGCGUUCAAUUCUAAAUCAAACCUUUUAACUGUAAAUAAAGGACUGCUGUGAAAGAAACAGCAGCUGCUCAGUUUUGUUAGCGACUGAGAUUUGCUUUUAGAUUAGAGGAAAGAAAUGUUCAGCAGUUAAAUAUUUUAUAAAUUUGUAAAUGUGCAUUCAAAUAUUGCGCUUUUAUAAAUGGCAUCUAAAUGUAGUUUGUCCUAUAACUUGUUUUUGGAUUUGUCAUAACUGUGCCUCUGUGACCAAAUCUCACUGCACUGAUAUGUGAACAAAAUCAAUAUUGUUCACUUACCCUUCAAUGGGUUUUAAGGGAUUGUAAUUUUCAUUUGACAAUCAAUGUUUUUUUUGUCGGGUCCUGCACAAGUCAAUAUUUUUCACCAUGGAAAAGACUUCUUAGUGUAGAUGUCAACUUUAACCUGGCCUUCCGAAUUGCUUGAAAAUAAAACAGGAGACAAAGAAGCUCCUGGCAUGGAAUUUCAGAUUGCAAUGUAGGUACACUGGUGCAAAACAGCCAUAGGUAAUGUCCAAAUAGUAUUAUGUUUUACUUAAUUUGUGAUUAGAAUAAGCACCAGCAACUUUUGUUACACCGGCUUUAAGAUCUUAUUAUGGUAUGUACAAGCAUUCACAUUACCUCUGUAAUAAAGUUUUCAAAUCA